AUGUCUGGUGCUUCCGGUAACAAGUUCAGAAUGUCUUUGGCGCUCCCCACCGGGGCUGUCAUGAACUGCUGCGACAACUCGGGUGCUAGAAACCUUUACGUCAUCGCCGUCAAGGGCACCGGUGCCAGAUUGAACAGAUUGCCCGCCGCCUCCGCCGGUGACAUGGUCAUGGCCACCGUCAAGAAGGGUAAGCCCGAAUUGAGAAAGAAGGUCAUGCCCGCCAUUGUUGUCAGACAAUCGAGACCCUGGAGAAGAAGAGACGGUGUCUACCUUUACUUCGAAGACAACGCCGGUGUCAUUGUUAACCCCAAGGGUGAAAUGAAGGGUUCGACUGUCGUCGGCCCCGUCGCCAAGGAAUGCGCUGACUUGUGGCCCCGUAUUGCCUCGUCGUGCGGUGUGGUGGUUUAA